ACACAAGCCGUAGUUAAAAAUUUUGAUCCAGAACCAGCUAUUAGCACAUGGAUUAAUAUCUAAAAACGAUGUGCCGGGCCCGACAUAGCCAAUUUGACACCUGUAGCCGCUGCAAUCUUGUCCUCGCUUCUUUUCCACGCCGCCGCUCCCUCUCUCGCCGGGCAAGUCCGGCUGGCAAGAGCAGUUUCUCUACUCCUUCCUCUGUUACUUCUUUUUCUUUUUAUAGAUUCUUGUUUCCCUUCUACCCCAGGAGGCAGCCACCGCUGUCUCUCCUUCCUUACUCCAUUUGACGGAAUCGGCAACCUGGUUGGCCGUCGCUGAUUUCCCUCCCCGUUGUCACCAUUGAUAUGGAAAAAGGCAGGAAUUUAAGAGUUUUUUGGUAUUGAUUUUGCUGCUUUUUUGGUAGUUGAAGCAGGGCACUAGCAGAUCAAUGGCUUUGCUGGGUAGAAAACUCGAGUCCCUAUUAGUUUUAACAUCUCCUUCAUUUGCCCUGCGCAAAUCCAUCAUCGCCCACUCUCAAUCUCUCACGCAAUCGAACAAGAAUGACUCAAUCGUCAAUGCCAUCUCUGAUUCAUUCAAGAAAACCCGUAACUGGGAUACUCUCACCAAUGUUUUUUCUUCUGUCCAAUUAACCCCUUCUCUUGUUCAACAAAUACUUAUCCAACUAAAGCAACCCGAUCAUGCAAGAUCUGCUCUGAACUUCUUUUACUGGUCGGCGAAGACCCAAAGCUUCCAACAUCACAUCUAUUCUUACUGUAUUGCAAUUAAUAUUCUAGUUCGUGCCCAACAACUCUCUGAAGCUAAAAUAUUGCUCCAUUCAGCAUUGAAAACAAGUGCAUCCGAUUCAAAAGGAUCCUGCAUUGUGGACUCUUUACUUAGUAGUUACAACGUUGUUGGUUCCAGUCCAUUGGUGUUUGAUUUGCUGGUUCAGGCCUAUGCAAAGUUGAGAAUGUUUGAGGAUGGUUUUGAGGUUUGUUGUUACUUAGAGAAACAGGGGUUCUGUUUGACCUUGUUAAGUUUCAAUGCUUUGCUUCAUGGGAUGCAGAAAUCUGGUCAAAAUGUGAUGGUUUGGAAGGUUUAUGAGCACAUGAUUGAGAAACGAAAAUACCCCAACGAAAUUACAGUAAGGACAAUGAUUAGUGCUUUGUGUAAGGAAGGAAAGCUGCAAGUGGUUGUGGAUUUGCUGGACAGGAUUCAUGGCAUGAGAUGCUCACCAAUGGUUAUUGUUAAUACAAAUUUGGUGUUUAAGGUUAUAGAAGAAGGCAGAAUUGAAGAGGGUAUGAAAUUAUUGAAGACAAUGUUGCAAAAGAACUUACUUCUUGAUUCCAUUGCUUACUCGUUUGUUGUUUAUGCUAAACUGAAGCUUGGGAAUUUAGAGUUGGCAUGGGAGGUGUAUGAAGAAAUGCUUAAGAGAGGAUUUAAUGUCAACUCUUUUCUGUUUUCAUCGUUUAUAAGAGCAUAUUGUGAAAGAGGAAGAAUUCAAGAAGCAAACAACAUGUUGCAAGAGAUGGAAAAUAUGGGUUUGAAGCCAUAUGAUGAAACUUUUAACCAUCUAAUUGAGGGUUGUGCUAAAGCAGGAGAAAUCAAGGCAAGUGCGAAACAUUGUGAGGAAAUGAUUAGGAGGGGACUUGUUCCAAGUUGUUCCACUUUCAAUGAAAUGGUUAAAGGGCUUUGUGAAAAUGGGGAUUCAGAGAAUGCUAAUGCAUUGUUAACUCUUGUUUUGGAUAAGGGGUUUUCACCUAAUGAAAUCACAUAUUCUCAUCUUAUUGCUGGUUAUGGAAAAGAAGGGAAUAUUCAACAAGUUUUCAAACUCUACUAUGAAAUGCAGUACAGGUCACUAUCUCCUGGAUUACUAGUUUUCACAGCAUUGAUUAGAAGUCUCUGUCACUGUGGAAAAGUAGGGGAAGCGGAAAAGUAUUUAAGAAUAAUGAAAGAUCGUUCUGUAUCCUUGAGUGAGGACAUAUAUGAAGCUUUAAUCACUGCUCACUCCAGAAAGGGUGACAAAAUGAGUGCCGGUGUCCUUCGUAAUGAGAUGGUUGCCAGAGGAAUGAGGCCCCGUAACUAGGGGACUUAUAUAGUAAUUAAGUUAUAUGACUUUUAGCCGCUAGGAAGGGCUGGUGGUUUAUGAUUUAUAGCCAAUGUCAAAACCAAGAGUUUUGGAUGGCAAAGGGCCGGUUGUGGAGUUUCUUUGCCUGUUACCAAUAGACCAAAUUUCAUUUUUUUUUUUUAAUCUUGAAUUAAGGUGAGAAAAAAAAUUGA